GCCUGUUACGCUUGCAACGUUUACUAACUUUCUACAUCUUCACAGGACGUCAUCCAAUUGGAUUGAAUUACAAAAAUGAACUAGGAUAGGAUCGUAUCGACUAAACCACGUAUGGCAUGGCGAUCUUCGACGGCAUGUCUAAAACAAAUUGUCAAACGUUACAUGUAUCGCCGUUUGGAUCUUGGCUACAGACUAUACAGUUUCCAGCUCGGCUCACACUGAUCUGAUGGUGUAGAACGAAAAAAGAAACGUUCCUAGCUCUGACGGGACAUUACUCACUGCCAUAUUUGCUUAUUUCGCCAAGGAUCCAAGAGCUUUUCUCCGGGCGCCUUCCCUUGAGGGGAACGAACCCGAUCAAUUCCUCGGGGCGGAAAAGGGGUAUCAUGCGCCCAAUGCACGCUUCUUCGUCAAGCGUUCUGUUUAGCGGUUAUGUUGCAAAAGAAAAAAGAUAUAAAACGUACGGGGGUUAGACAAGGGCACUGGCAUACACCUUUUUUUUAUUAUGCCUGUUCUACGCCCUCUUUUGGUCUCGUAUCUUGCUCUAAUAACUGUCUGUGCCGCACAGACUAAUUAUUUGAGGGCGACCUCUAGCUACUUGAGUUCCGCUCCACCUGCAUCCACAGUUACCCCUACACCUGCAGCUCCACUCCCCAGUUCCGAGGAUUGCACGACCACAGCAACACCGACGAGUGCUCCCUUUGUCCCGAUCGGCUCUAUUCCGCGUGAUUAUUCGGAUGAAGGCUUGAAUGAGCUAUGGAAUCUUGUCGGGGAAGUUGAAGAACCACCGUUCACUACUACGGCCGAGGCAGAAGUGCCUGUUACUCUACCCGCCUCAGCUCCUCCGGUAUAUCCGACGUGGUAUGCGGUUACCCCCGAGAAGGUGCUUCCGGACCUCAAGCUUCCAAAGGACUUUAAGUUUGGGGUUGCGACUGCGGCUUACCAAGUUGAAGGUGCUGUUAAACUGGAAGGCAAAGGACCAACCGGAUGGGACUGGGCUGGGCGUCAGCCGGGCGCUAUCAGCGACGGGACCAAUGGAGAUAUCUUGGACCUCCAGUAUCUGCUCUACAAGAAUGAUACGGCACGGACUGCUGCUCUUGGGUUCAAUGCUUAUUCAUUCUCGAUCUCAUGGGCGCGAAUUUUCCCGUUCGGGGCGAAGGAUUCACCAGUGAACCAGGAGGGUCUCGAUCACUAUUCUGAUUUGAUUAAUUAUUCAAUUUCUUUGGGAGUCGAGCCCGUUGUCACACUCUUUCAUUGGGACAUGCCACUUGCUCUUAGUGCCUAUUACGGUGGUAUAACAUCUGAGGAAUUCGUGGACGAUUUUGUACAUUAUGCGACAACUGUGUUCAAGGCCUAUAACGGCCGAGUGAAAACAUGGUAUACGUUCAACGAGCCUCAUGUUUAUUGUUCUCAGAUAACCACCUAUCCAUUCAAUACGACUUUAUCUCCAAACGUUACGGCCGACAACGCUAUGUACUACUGUGGCUAUUAUCUGUUAAAGGCACACGCAAAGGCGGUGAAGGUCUUCCGAGAACUCGGAAUAGAAGGUGAAAUCGCGUUCAAGAAUGAUGGUUUUGUAGGCAUGCCAUGGCGGACAAACUCGACGGAGGAUGCCGAAGCUGUGGAGCGCAAUGCAGCAUUUUAUAUAGGAAUGUUCGCUGAGCCUGUAUACGGUUCAGGAGACUGGCCCAAGAUCAUGACGGAUACCUUGAAUGAGACAAUAUUACCCCGAUUCACCGAAGAAGAAAAGAAUGAGAUUAAAGGCUCGGCGGACGUCUUUACGAUUGCCCCAUACCGAAGCCCUUUGAUCGCUGCGCCUGAGGAUGGUAUUGCCGCUUGCGCAUCGAACUCAAGUCAUCCCAACUGGCCUACAUGCAACAUACCGGUGUUCUAUGAUUCUGCGACGGGGUGGCCUCUGGGAUACGCCGCAGACGCAAAAGCGGGCUGGCUCAUGGCGACACCACAAAACGUCAGAUUUGAGUUAGGCGAGAUCAAGAAGCGUUGGCCGAGUAAAAAGAUCUAUAUCGGCGAGUUUGGCUUUGCGCAGGGAGAGGAACACCUCCGCACGGACCUGGCCUUCGUCCUUGACGACACUGAACGAACAAAUUACUUCCUGACCUAUCUUGGUGAAGCUCUCCUAGCUAUCCACGAGGACGGGAUCCCACUUGCAGGAACGUUCGCUUGGUCAUUGCUGGACAACGCCGAAUGGGGCUCUGGAACAAGUGUACGAUUCGGAAUUCAGCAUGUCAACUUCACAACUCAAGAACGGCACUUCAAACGCUCAGCGAUUGCACUCUCGGAUUUCUACAAUUCCCACAAAUCGUAAAUCUUAGAGACGAUCUCGAGACCUUGAGGGACAUAUAGGGCAACACCCGUUUCAAUGAUAUUUACCACGCUCGUUUUACUCCCACACUCG